CUGUCCACUCCCCAUUGUAUGGGAUUUCUAAAUCUAUCGUCCCAUUUAAAAAGUGAGUGGCUACGUGUGGGAUACGACCAACUUCUCCACCAAAAGUUAAAACACAUCCACAAUUCAUCACUGCAGUCGAACGCCACCCCUUCCUCCUCCUCCUUUUCCAUUUUACCAUGGCAAUUUGGUUCACGAGAUCAAGAACCAUCACCUACUAUUUAAAGAGAAAGAUGGGUUUCAUGGGAAUUCUCAACCAAGACUCUUGCAGUAAUUCUUAUUUCGAAUCUAUUUCUUCUUCUUCUUCUUCUUCUUCUUCAUCAAGAAUCCCAGACGUUAAGAAUUCUUCAAUUUCGCGCUACUCAUCAGCCUUCACUUUCUUGGUGCACCGAUUCAAAUCCACCAAAACUUCAGGCCAACUCGAUCAGUUUUACUCUAGUGAUGAUGAAAACAGUCAGGCCUUGGAUUUUCCUGGAGGGAAAGUUGCAUAUAUUUCUGAAAUGAGAUUCAUUUCUGAAUCUAAUGACAAGAGAAUACCCUGUUACCGACUUCUUGAUGACAAUGGGGAGCUAAUAGAGGACAGUGAUAUUGAUCAGAUAAGCAAGGAAGUUGCAGUAAAGAUGUACAGUGAAAUGGUCACCCUUCAGAUGAUGGAUACCAUAUUCUAUGAAGCACAAAGGCAAGGAAGAAUUUCUUUCUAUGUCACAUCUGUUGGUGAAGAAGCAACAAAUAUAGCAUCAGCAGCUGCACUUGCUGCAGAUGAUGUUGUCCUGCCUCAGUACCGGGAGCCUGGAGUUUUAUUAUGGCGUGGUUUCACACUUGAAGAAUUUGCCAACCAGUGCUUUGGAAACAAGGCUGAUUAUGGGAAAGGCAGGCAGAUGCCAAUCCAUUAUGGGUCUAAAAAGCUUAAUUACUUCACUGUUUCCUCACCUAUAGCUACUCAACUUCCUCAAGCUGUGGGUGCUGCUUAUUCUCUUAAAAUGGAUAAAAAGGAUGCUUGUGUAGUCACAUAUAUUGGGGAUGGUGGUACCAGUGAGGGAGAUUUUCAUGCUGCUCUGAACUUUGCAGCAGUAAUGGAAGCCCCUGUCAUUUUUAUCUGUCGCAACAAUGGCUGGGCCAUUAGUACCCAUAUAACAGAGCAAUUUCGAAGCGAUGGCAUUGCUGUUAAGGGUCAAGCUUAUGGAAUCCAAAGCAUACGGGUAGAUGGAAAUGACGCUCUUGCUGUUUAUAGAACGAUUAGGGCAGCUCGUGAAAUUGCUAUAAGUGAACAAAGGCCUAUAUUAGUUGAGGCCCUCACAUAUAGGGUAGGACACCACUCCACAUCUGAUGAUUCCACCAAGUAUCGUCCUGCAGAUGAAAUUGAAUAUUGGAAAAUGGCACGAAACCCUGUAAAUAGAUUUAGAAAAUGGGUUGAAAGAAAUGGCUGGUGGAGUGAGAAGGAAGAAUCAGAGCUUAGAAGCAGCAUCAGGAAGCAGCUAUUGCAGGCGAUUCAAGUUGCAGAAAAAACAGAGAAGCCUGCACUAGGAAACUUGUUCUCUGAUGUAUAUGAUCUUCCACCAUCAAAUCUUCGCGAGCAAGAGAAACAGCUUAGAGAAACCAUCAAUAGACAUCCACAAGACUACCCUUCUGAUGUUCCUAUGUAGACUGUCUUAGCCAAUAAUAAGAAAGGAAAAAAAUAAGAAAUAUUAAAGAAAAUAAUGCAUCUGUAAAGUUUGAAAAAUUGUUGUUCACAGCAAUAUAAAUAAUUUAUCCCUUUUAAAAUGUGUUCAA